AUGUCCAUAACAAUACUUGAUGCACAGUGCUUGUAUUUGAAGAAGAUUAAUGGACAUGCUACAGCAGGAUUCCUGUUACAGUACAACUGGCAGUCUGCCAAGGGUACUCCUGUGCGUACUUUGCAACUAGCCUUGAGCAUCAGUGGGGCAGGACAAGAUACAUCCUCAACCUACCUAAACAAGAAGGUCAUCUGUCAGUAUGAAAACCCAUGGACUAUCCCAAAUCUAUUGUCCCUGGUGCGAAUUGGUUUGGCACCAGUUCUGGGAUACUUGAUUGUUGAAGAAGAUUUCAAUGUUGCACUCGGUGUCUUUACUUUGGCUGGAAUAACAGACCUGCUGGAUGGAUUUAUUGCACGAAACUGGGCUAAUCAGAAAUCAGCUUUGGGAAGUGCCCUUGACCCUUUGGCUGAUAAAAUUCUUAUCAGUGUCCUGUAUGUCAGCUUGACUUGUGCAAAUCUUAUUCCAGUUCCACUUACUUCUCUCAUCAUCUUGAGGGAUAUAGUGCUCAUUGCUGCUGUUUUUUAUGUACGAUUCAAAACUCUUUCUCCACCAAGAACACUUAGUAGGUAUUUCAACCCUUGCUAUGCCACUGCUCAGUUAAAACCGACAUUCAUCAGCAAGAUGAACACAGCAGUUCAGCUAAUCUUGGUGGCAGCUUCUUUAGCAGCUCCUGUAUUCAAUUAUGUGGACAGCGUAUAUCUGCACAUACUAUGGUGUUUGACAGCUUUAACAACAACAGCAUCUGGAUAUAGUUAUUAUCAUUAUGGCAGAAAAACUUUUAAGGUGAUAAACAACAAAUGAAGUACCACAGAAAGGGCCAUCUCUUCACAACACGGUUUGCUAUGCUGCUGAAGGAUGUUGACUGCAGUGUAACUGGUCUGUGGAUAAAGGAUUUGUUUUUUCUUCUUAAUGAGCAGCUGUCUAAAUCAAAAGCAUGUCAUCAGAAUCUGAAGUUAAAAUGAAGUCUGAUCAUGUAUUAUAUACUGAUUUUUUUUUCUCACUGUAUUUUUGAAUUUGUUAAAAAAUAAAUGUAGCUGUUAAAAAUGACGUAAUAUUCUUACAAGCUCUUGCAAGUAACUAGUUGCUGUCAUGAUCAUUUUGAAGCUAUCUCUUUCUAUUGCUCUUCAGAAGCCAGAAGUUUGUAUUCUUUAUCCCAAUUUUUUAUGACAUUUUAAGUGGUAGGCAGAGUACUGAUCAGGUCGGUGACAACGCAUAGGGGUGCACUGGGGUGCACAUGCACCCCCUGAUUGGCUGCACCUGCCGCUUAGGCGAUGGGCAGGCGGGAGUGCCAGUGUCCCCCCUGCAAGCGCUGGCAGAUGGCUGCACCCUCUCCCAGAAGCGGCCACAGCCACUCCUGGAAGUGGUUGCAGUGAUUGGCUAUGGGGGAGCUCUCUCCAGGCAGCGAGAUCUGCCAUUGGGGGGACUCCCCCCGCACAAAGCGGCACCAGUCGCCCAUGGAUGAGGUUGUGUGUGUUAGAGCUGAGUGGAAAAAGGAUUUAUAAACACAAGUGUCAUACUGUGCUUAGCUCUACAUUAGAAAGACCAUAUCACUUAUUAGGAUUUACAAAAAUAAAAGUAGGAAUAACUUCUUCUGAAACUUAAAUCUGAUAAAUUCUGGUUCACUGUUCAUUAGGAUGGUGGUUCACCUAAUACUUUAAAAAUUAUAACCUAUCUUUCAGUUAAAGGAACAAGACAAAAGGGUUCCAGUUACAUUAUAGUUAAGUGCAGUGUACUGUCUGUAGGUAAAAUAAGUUUGUAUUCAGAGGCAUAUGAUUGCAGCUGUUAAUUGGUAGCAUGAAACCUGGGUGAUGAAUUCCCUGUUUGUGGUGGUAUUAGUUAAAACAAACAAACAAAAAACCAAAAAAAAUGCUUGGAUAUUUUAAGAGCUUCUAAGAGCAGAAGUUUCAACAUUGACAAAACUGAAAAAGUCAAGGCAUUUUUAAAUCAUUGUCCAAAUGUAAUGAUUGAAUUGGAAACAUCUAGAGCAGUGGUUUUCAACAGUGGUGUUGUGAUACAGAUGCUGCCACUGGCAGCCAGGUAAAACUGUUCUACACACAAGGCUGCAGCAUGCGUGUUCCUCCUGCAUUAGGGUCCUCUGAUAACCCUGAAACAGGCAGGAGAGGCUGCUUGGACUCUUCCUGGUCUGCACCCUUGCAUCACUACCCCCCACCCCCAUGCACUUUUCCCCUGAAAACAGGUACAUUCCAUCUCUGUUUCUCAAAGAUGAAGUGUAGGGUUGGACUGGGAAGUGCUUCAGUGUAAGCCAGCUUUUCUGCCUGUUUUAGGGUUGUUAGAAAACCCUAAAGCAGGAGGAAUGCAGGCAUGUUAGGCCAGUUUUACUUGGUGGCGUCAGCACCUGGUUGAGAACAAGUGAGGUAAGUUGAGCACAACAGUGGUUCUCAACCAGGGGUGCCACCAUACUCAGAGGUUUUGGAGGGGUGAUCUGCCUCUGAAAAGGUUGAGAACUACUGAUCUAGAGCUUCAUGUUCUGGCAGUAAGUCUCAUGUACCUUGGAGUUCAGUAGGCAUUACUGUUUCCAUUUUUCCACCCAGGAUAAAGUCAAAGCAAAACCAUUUAAAGUUACAACAUUUAAAUUCUUGUCCCUUGCUAUUCUAUCUACAAAAAGUAUAGGAGAAGGAACUGCAUAGGAUGGAUCGAAUCACCAGUUACAAAAUCUACCUUUUUAAUCUUUUGGAGCCCCAUAUGGCAUGUUGCGUGUAGUAGCAAAAUGUUGAUUUGUGAAGGCUUAAAUGAUUGAAUUGAAGAGGUAUGUGUUAGAUUAUGCUGCUAUAUCACCAGAAGUGAAUUUAUUGUAAAUAUAUUUUCAUGUUUUGAGGGUUGUGAUUCUACAUGUUUAUAUAUAUGAAAUAUUUUAUUACAUUUUUAUAUUUAAAUUUGUAUAGACAUGGUGCACAGACAAAGGAUUUUUUAGUACCUACCAGUCUUGGCCAUCUCCCUAUGCUGCAGUCAGAGUCUGUCCUUUUGUCACAGGAUAAACAUAAAGCACAUCCUCUAAAUGCCUGUUUUUAAACUCUGAAUGUUUAGUAAACUGGAGUAUCUUGAUUUUUAAGAACCUAGGUUUAGAAUGGGGAGACUAUGAAGUCCACCAGGUCAUUCAUCCCUUUUACUUUAUCACCACAAAUAUUGUGAGAUACACUUGUAUGUGUAAAGAUGGCAGGGAAUGGCAAAGCAUUGGACCACUGAAGGAUAAUGUUGGCAUGCAGUGCCUCAGCGCUUAUUUAUAAAUAAAAGUCACAGCGUUACAUAACUUGA